AUGGCGUACCAGAAGCCAACAGACAUUGACGGAUACGUCACGCAGAUGGCAAAGGCAGACAUGCGCGUGAAGGCCCAGCUGGCCGAGGAUCUGGUGCUGUAUCUGAGCGAUUCGGAAAAUUCCAUCGAAUGCACAGACCUCGGCCUGCUCAUCGAUGGGCUCAUUCCGUGGAUGACCGGAAGUCACCAUAAGAUCGCACAGCGCGCCCUGGAAGCGUUCACGGAGCUGAUCGUUCGCCUGGGUCAAGACUUUAAUGCGUACACUUCGACCAUCCUGCCGCAUGUGAUUGACCGGCUCGGCGACAGUCGCGAUACGGUGCGAGAGAAGGCACAGCUGCUGCUGCACAAGCUGAUGGAGUGCCGAGUCGUAGCCCCACAGUCGCUGCUGGAUAAGCUGAGCGUCUGCUUUAAGCACAAGAAUGCUAAGGUGCGGGAAGAGUUUUUGCAGACGAUCGUCAGCACGCUGAACGAGUACGGCACACAGUCCCUGUCGGUGAAGAUGUACAUCCCACCGAUCGUGAGUCUGCUCGGGGACCCAGCGCCAACGGUGCGUGAUGCCGCAAUUCAGACGCUGGUCGAGAUAUAUAAGCAUGUCGGCGAAAAGUUGCGCGUCGAUCUGAAGAAGCGUGACGUACCGUCGACCAAGGCGGCCAUUCUCGAGCAGAAGUUUGAUGAGACACGGAAUGAUGGGCUGUUGCUGCCGUCGGCACUGCAGGCAGCCAGCGGCGGCGGACACGAUGAGCUGGACCGAGCCGCGGUCGUCGAGCGGCCAACGCGGUUGGUGAAGCGUACACCAUCGGCCACACCACGGAAGCCACUUUUCGAAACGCAGACGGCCGGCUCGGGUGAUCUGCUGCUAGCAGCGGGUGCCGUGUCCCACGAGGUGUUCGAGGCUUCGUUUGAGAAUGUACCACAGCUGACGAUCUUCUCCCAGCGCGACAUGGACGAGCACAUGAAAUCGAUCAACACGCUCAUCGGUGACAAGAACGUGGAUUGGGAGAAACGGGUGGACGCGUUGAAGAAAAUCCGCUCACUGCUGAUGAUCAAUGUGCAGGGUUCCCCGGCAUUUACGCAGCAGCUGAAGGAUCUUUCGAUCGCGUUCCUCGAUAUCCUGAAGGAGCUCCGGUCGCAAGUGAUCCGCGAGGCGUGCAUCACCCUCGCGUACAUGAGCAAAGUGUUGCGAAGCAGGCUGGAUCAGUUCGUCAUCUACAUUCUGCAAGAGUUGAUCAACCUCAUCCAAAAUUCGGCCAAAGUAAUCUCGUCAGCGGGCACGAUUGCAUUAAAAUAUGUGAUCCGGUACACGCAUGCACCGAAGAUCAUUCCGAUCUUGACGCAGAAUCUCAUGCUCUCGAAAUCGAAAGAUAUCCGCAGUACGCUUUGCGAGAUGCUCGGUUUGUUGUUCGACGAGUGGCCAACGAAGGCGUUGGAAAAACACAGCAGCCUGUUGCGCGAAGCCCUACGCAAAGGAAUGGUCGAUGCGGACAAUGACGCCCGGCGAUACAGUCGAUGUGCAUUCUGGAGCUUUCGGCGCCAUUUUCCGGAUUUGGCAGACAACCUGUACGGUUCGUUGGACAUUUCGACACAGCGCACACUUGAGCGUGAGCGGGACAAUCUCGGAACAAACGGUACCAACUCAAUGAGUGUUAGUCUACGUGGCAGCAACAGUAGCUUGAAUUCUGUCUCUGGUGGGGUGAUAAAACGAAGGCAAUCGUCCGGGUUGCGAAGUCCCGCAACCGCACAACCUCCAGUAAGCGCUACGAGCGUCAGUACGGAAAAUCUCACCACUGUCCCAGGAUCCACCUCGUCGUCAUCAUCGGCCGGUUCGACACGCCUGCAGCGGGCUCCGUCGCUGCCCAGAACGUUUAAUCGCAGUGCCCGGAGUGGUAUUCCUGUUGCGACGACUGCCCGGGAUGCGAAUCCUGCGAUUCAACAAGCGCAACAGCAACAGCCGCCAUUGGUUGUCCGAGCUGGAGCAGCCGGUGGCUUUAGGAGUGUGUCCGCCGUUGACACUGCCGCUGCCCAGCGGGCCCGUGCCAGGGCACAAUACUCAACCCUGGCACGGUUGAAAGUGACCUCCGGAACGGCGUCUCUACAGGGACAUUACGCGCAACAAGCACGUGCUAAAAAGACACCGUCAUCAGCAUCCGCCACUUCAUCCUCCGUAAGCAACGCGACCACACCACAGCAACCUCCUACACCGGAGCGCAAGAUCCGAUCGAGGGCAGGAGUGUCACAGUCACAGCCUACAUCCAGAAGUACGUCUCCAUCGAGCAAGUUGCGUGACAUGUACAGUGGCGUCACUUCUCUGUAUCGACAAACGGGAACGGUGCCGAAAAAGACACAGUCUGGCAUUCCGCGCUCAUUAGCAAACUCUCGAGAAACUAGCCCGACCAGAUCGCAUACACAGUUCGGUUCGUUGCGUCGUCCCGCUUAUGGAACCGGCAGCCCUCGACGACCGCCACUGAAUCCUGGUCGACCAGUAUUGGCACAGAAAAUUCUACAGCAAAGUCGUGAGGCUGAGAAUGCUCUGGCGGAUGCAUUAUCACCUGGUGACGAGCAUGACAUGCCUUGCGCAGACUUUGCUAGGUUAGCUCUCCAUCGUAAAAUUUCACGCGAUGAGUCCGAUGAAAGUGAAGCGUCCUCGGUGUGUUCCGAGCGCAGUUAUGACAGCUACCGACGGGGCAACGAUUCGUUCUCAUGGAAUGGUUCGCGCACGCGGUUAGACAGUUCACGACAAGUGAUCGACGAUAUCGAUACCAUCAUCCAGUUUUGCGCCUCGUCGCACUGGUCCGAACGUAAGGACGGAUUAAUCAAUUUGACGCAGUACCUCAGCGAAGGCAAGAUGCUGACGCAACAGCAGUUGCAGUGCGUGUUGGACCUGUUCCGCAAAAUGUUCAUGGAUCCACACAUCAAGGUGUACGCACUGUUUCUGGACACUGUAAAUGAGCUGAUUCUGUCGCAUUCGAAUGAUCUGCACGAUUGGUUAUUUAUACUGUUGACGCGUCUGUUCAACAAGCUCGGGACAGACCUACUGGGUUCUAUGCAUGGCAAGAUCUGGAAAACGCUUCAAAUAAUCUACGAGUACUUCCCUUCUGAACUACAGCUCCAAUGUGUCUUUCGAAUAUUAGUUGACAAUGCGCAAACACCGAACGUGAAAACACGUCAGGCGACCUUAAAAUUUCUUUCCCAGUUAGCUACAAGCUACUGCACGGCGUCCCAGUUUGUGGUGCAUCCGCAGAACCAGCAGGUGGUUAAUCACGCGAUCCAGAAGAUCAUUCAGACGUCGCUCGAUCAGAAAAGCAUCGAACUAAAGUCGCAGGCACGCAUGUGCAUCGUGGCGCUAUACAACUGCAAUCCAUCACAGAUGACAAUGGCUCUAGCCAAUCUGCCGAAACAGUAUCAAGACACGGCGAAAAUCUACAUCCAACAGAAUAUGAGAAGAAGCACUUCAGGAAAUGAUAGUCCAUCAUCUCCACUGUCGUCUUCGAGCCCCAAACCAUUGCUUAGUCCUCAGCAGGGGCCGUAUAGUUUACAGAACAUCGCUAGUCCGCGAUCACGACAAGCAUCGGUGGAGGCAGCGGCGGAAUCAAUGAACACGGAGGAAGUGUACAAGAAUCUGCGCAAAACCACGGCAGAAAUACAAAAUUACAGCUUUGAGAGCAAACUUGACCGUGAUACAAACAGCAAGGAUUCCGGCAUCAGCCAGAUGGGUGAAACGCACAUGAUGCAAUCGAUGACCGUGCUGGACGGCGUUGGCCAUGGUGUGUAUGGAAUGGCAUCGAAUGGAAUGAACGGUCAUAUAGGCGGAGGCAUGGGAGGCCUUGAGAAGGAUGAUUCAUGUAAUGGAUCGAAGACACAGUCAGCAACAACCACUGAGUCAAACACACCGGAAAAUACCGUACGGCUCGAUAGCAUGGAUCUGGCCCACAAAACGAUAGCACAACAGCAGCAGAUGCUCCAGCAGCAGCGUCACCAAAGUUACAGCUGUGCCGAGAACGGCGAGCUAAUACUGGACAAAGGUGUUAAAGAAAACGAUGUGAUCAAAGCUGCGAUUGUACUGACGCUCCAAUCGGCACCGGAAACCACAAAACAGGUGCUAGAGAAUCUACAAAUUUGCAUCAAACAUGGAUCGUGUGAGCUACCCAUAAAGAAUUUCAAAGCAAUCAUGAAAAUGUUACUGCAUUUAAUGGAAUCGCAAAACAACGAUGUGCUGAUAGCAUCACUGCACACUCUUGGGCGCAUCGUACGAAGCACGGAGAUGAAGGCAUGCUGGAGUAACUUUCUCGAGCUGAUUCUAUUAAAGAUAAUAGACUGUUAUAAAAUUAGCAAAGAGGUGUCACGAGAAAUCGACAUAAUCGUGGUGAAGAUUGCGGGCGUGCUACCGCUGGACAUUUCCGUAAACAUACUUAACCCAGUCAUUGCGACUGGUGAAUUUCCAGCGAAUCUGUGCGCGCUGAAAAUACUGACCGAGCUGACACAGAAGCAGGGCAAGGAUCUGACCGAUAAUCACCUAGAUUGUAUAAUGCCAAAUGUAGCUAGGCUCGCUGAUGAUAGUCAAUCGAUGGUACGGAAAGCGGCAGUGUUCUGUAUCGUGAAGCUCUAUAUUGUGAUGGGCGAAGAGAAAGUGAAACCAAAAUUCUCCCUGCUGAACGCGAGUAAGAUAAGAUUAUUAAAUGUGUAUAUUGCUAAAUCGACGGGCGGCGGUGGCAGUAGUAAUAAUAAGGGCGGAUUGUCGACGACAGCAAUGUCAUGAUCCAAAAAUGCCAAGUGAUUAUUAUUCAAAGGACGCAAAUUUGCUAAACUGCUCUGCAAAUUUCGUAGAAGCAUCUCCGUUAUUCAAGAGUAAAACUAUUUAUAAUCCUACCUACCUACCUAC